AUGUCUACCGAGGAUGUCUACUCCAACUUCUCGGGGCUACCCUCGUGUCGCCCCGAAGGGAUGCCCGCCAACGUGACGGUGGAGGCGGAGGAGUCCGGGGACUCGGGCGUCAUUCCCAGCACGUUCAUCGCGGUGUUCUUCACGCUGAUCUGCCUAAUGGGGGUGGUGGGGAACGCGCUGUGCUUCUACGUGCUGUGCCUCAAGUCAUCGCCGAGGUCCACCAUCACCGUCUACAUCCUAAGCCUCGCUACUGCAGACACAGGUAAGGCCCCAGGCUUUAAUAAAUUAUUAGUCUCGAUACGGCAGACACAGGUUAGGCCCCUGACAGCGCUGUGCUUCUACGUGCUGUGCCUCAAGUCAUCGCCGAGGUCCACCAUCACGGUCUACAUCCUCAGCCUCGCUACUGCAGACACAGUUUACAUCCUGGCCUCGCCCUUCUACGCGUCCACGUACUUUACGAACCUGUGGUACUUCGGUGACGUCGGCUGCCGCCUCAUCGCCGCCGUGGACGUCCUGACGCUGAACGCCGCCACCUUCACGCUCACCGUCAUGUGUCUUGAGCGCUACCUGGCCGUCGUCGACCCCAUCAAGUCUUUGAAGUGCCGCUCCGUCUCGCUGUCACGUGUGCUGUCAGGUGUGAUCUGGGUGCUGGCGCUAGGACUGUCCCUUCCCAUGGCGCUGUCUACGGAACUCCAGGAGUGUGGGGAGGAUGGUAUAGUGCAGCAGUCGGGGUGCUUUGCCGUCUGGAGUGAACAGGAGACGAAAAUCUACUUCACAACUCUCUUCAUCGUCGCUUUCGUCAUCCCGGGGGUCGUGCUCUGCGCAUUCUAUCUGCGCAUGCUCUGUAAGUACUGGCUGCCGGCCGGCCGGCCCAUCGGGGAGGUGACGUCACGAGCAACCGAGUCCAGGAAAAAGGUAAACAAAAACAAAGUACUUGCUUUCCUGGGAAACUGUGUGCUCGUUGCUGUUCAAUGA